GACUUAAUAUGUGGCUUGCCUGCGUCGUCACUUUCAAGCAGUUUUAAUCAAGGACCUACAUUAACGAACCCAAAAGGCUGGGCGCAUGUGAUUCAUCUCACACGGGGGGCCACCAAUGAGCCGAUUAAUCGUGCGCCUACCAAGUUGAUUGGCUUAUCUCACCCAUAAUCAAUCGCACCAAACACGAUGAAUUCCAAUCCGCCGCCUCCACCUCAGUCUCAGCUGUCCGACGCCUCCGGCAAGAAGAUCCGAAAGCCCUACACCAUUACCAAGUCCAGAGAAAGCUGGACGGAAGAAGAGCACGACAAGUUCCUCGAAGCACUCCAACUGUUCGACCGUGAUUGGAAGAAAAUUGAAGAUUUUGUUGGCUCAAAGACAGUAAUUCAGAUUCGGAGUCAUGCUCAGAAGUACUUUCUGAAGGUUCAGAAGAACGGAACAGUGGCUCAUGUUCCUCCACCUCGUCCCAAGCGGAAAGCUUCUCAUCCAUAUCCACAGAAAGCACCCAAAAAUGCACAUGGAUAUCCGACAUGGGAAGAGGCUUCGGUGCUUGUGAACAAUGCGGUGCCUGGAAGCAUGCCAUCUGAAAAUGAAUAUAAUUAUCUUGGCGUUGAAGCUGAUAUUGGAUCAAAGGGGGUUUCAACUAUUAGCAACUGCAGUAUGAAUGCCUUUGGAAGUUCGCCAAGAACAACACCAACUUCCGAGUUACCAAAUCAGGGAAAGCAAGACUCUGUUGUUCAUGGUAUUCCAGAUUUUUCUGAAGUUUAUGGCUUCAUCGGUAGUGUCUUUGACCCAGAAAGUAAAGAUCAUGUGCAAAAACUCAAGGAGAUGGAUCCCAUUAAUUUUGAAACUGUCUUGUUAUUGAUGAGAAAUCUGACCUUAAAUUUGUCCAGUCCUGAGUUCGAGCCAAUUGUAAGUGCUCUGCCUCAUCUGGUUGCCCCAACAUUUUGUGUUGAAUUUUCUAUCUUGCCUACAGCAAGUGCAUUCGUGUGGUUUCUGUUUGAUUGAUCGCUGUAAAUGCAAUAGAACCUCUGUAGAUUAAUAUAUGUAGAUUGAUCCCACUACUAACGACGCACCACUUGUAAUCUUGCACCUUUGCUUGUACCUAUCCACCAAACUUGGGAAUGUCUAACUUGAUACACAAGACUUGAUCAAACAUCGGAUUUCACCUUGGCUUCAUGGGACAGAAUAACACCAAUGAGAAAGUUCUAUUUUAUACACAAAUCAUAAAUCACUAGUUUCUGACUCCUUUACCAAACAAUGACCUUUUAAUGCUGUGACUCUAAUUUUUCGAUGCCAUGGAUCUGCAUCCGUUUCCCUUUGCUCUCGUCUCAUUGUUGUGUCUUCACAUCAAUGAUCUAAUUUUCCAUGGUUUCCACAUAACGUUAGAUUGUUGUUGCAUUUCCAAGCCAGUAUUGUUAGUAGAAGCCUGCUAUUCCUUUACCCUUCUUCCAGGUACAUUUGCACUAGUUUUGGAGUUCCGGCAUUAACCAGCCUAUUAUUUAAACAUAAAGCAUUAUAUGCCUAAAUUAUAAAGCUCUCUUGCAUUCCUGAAAUGUCUGGUUACUGAAGCGGUUUACAUGUAUGUUUGCAGAAAGAGGUCCUAUCAUCAUAUGAUGUCCAGGUGAAGGAAGUACAAGUUUCCCCCGGGACUGUGAUCAGUGCUGAAUGAGCUUCACCACUUCUCAGAAAGGACAGAUUUAUUUUUGAUCCGUAUAUAGUAAGUAAGCAGGGCGCGCCAUCAUCACCCCGAGCAAUAACUGAAGCAUAUAUAUGUCCUCUGAUUCUCACUUCAAAGGCACUGUACAAGAGAAUCCAAUAGCAAGACCUUUAUAUACAAGGUAGAAGCGGCAGCCAAAAUGACACCGGAGAUGACAAGAAUCAUCCACUUGAUUUGUGCUUGCUCUACCACUAUGUAGAGCACACCUUUUUGUCCCUGUUGUAUAAAUCUGUUUAGGUAUAAAGCAUGACACCUUUCUCACCUGUAACUUGUAUUUUUUUUUCCAAUUUUGGUGCCGCAGCAGCUGUUGUGGUUGAUUCCUUGACAUAGUAGUGGCUGUAGUGCUGUGUCAUUCCAAGUUUCCCAUGUAGAUAAGUGAGAUUGUAGCUCAGUUCUUGCUGUAAACUUUCAUGUAUUGACAGUGCGCCUUGAUUUUAACACAAAGGUGAGUGCUGCACUUUGUGUUUAUAUGAUUGCCUCAACCAAACAUAUAA